UUGUUUCCCGUCGGAAGCAUUACAUGGUUGCUCCCUGGGAGACAACGGAGUGGAGAGAGUUGUGUAUUUUUUAUUUUUGAUAAACGCAACCUCAGGGGUAUUUACCCUUCGACGUCAGGAUGUCUCGGGGUUCCAUUGAGAUCCCUUUACGGGACACGGAUGAGGUAAUUGAGCUCGACUUUGACCAACUGCCAGAGGGAGACGAGGUCAUCAGUAUCUUGAAGCAAGAACACACACAACUACACAUCUGGAUCGCUUUGGCUUUGGAGUACUACAAACAGGGCAAAACAGAAGAUUUUGUCAAGCUUUUAGAGGCAGCGCGUAUUGAUGGAAACCUCGACUACAGAGACCAUGAGAAGGACCAGAUGACCUGUCUCGACACAUUGGCUGCUUACUAUGUUCAGCAAGCACGUAAAGAGAAAAACAAAGAUGCCAAGAAGGAGCUCAUCACGCAGGCCACUCUGCUCUACACAAUGGCAGACAAGAUCAUCAUGUAUGAUCAGAACCAUUUGUUGGGAAGAGCCUGUUUCUGUCUGCUGGAAGGAGACAAGAUGGACCAGGCCGAUGCCCAGUUCCACUUUGUCCUCAACCAGUCCACCAAUAACAUCCCUGCUCUGCUUGGUAAGGCCUGCAUUUCCUUCAAUAAAAAGGAUUACAGAGGAGCACUGGCAUACUACAAAAAGGCUUUGCGUACAAACCCCGGCUGCCCAGCUGAGGUAAGAUUGGGGAUGGGCCACUGUUUUGUCAAACUCAACAAGCUGGAGAAGGCUCGCUUGGCUUUUGGUCGUGCCCUGGAGCUGAACUCGAAGUGUGUCGGAGCGCUUGUUGGUUUAGCGGUUUUAGAGCUCAACAACAAAGAGGCAGACUCCAUUAAAAACGGAGUGCAGCUGCUGUCUCGGGCCUACACCAUCGACCCGAGCAACCCCAUGGUGCUUAACCACCUCGCCAACCACUUCUUUUUCAAAAAGGACUACAGUAAAGUACAGCAUCUUGCCCUACAUGCUUUCCACAACACUGAAGUCGAGGCCAUGCAGGCUGAGAGCUGCUAUCAGUUGGCACGCUCUUUUCACGUGCAGGAGGACUAUGACCAGGCGUUUCAGUAUUACUACCAAGCCACUCAGUUUGCCUCUCCUACUUUUGUUCUGCCCUUCUUUGGCCUGGGGCAAAUGUAUGUGUAUCGGAGAGACAAGGAAAAUGCAGCCCAGUGCUUCGAAAAAGUUUUAAAGGCCUACCCCAACAACUAUGAAACAAUGAAAAUCCUGGGGUCUCUCUAUGCAACAUCCGAGGAUCAGGAAAAGAGAGAUAUUGCAAAAGGCCACUUAAAGAAGGUAACAGAACAAUACCCAGAUGACGUAGAGGCGUGGAUUGAGCUGGCUCAGAUACUGGAGCAGACUGACAUCCAGGGUGCACUGUCGGCUUACGGCACAGCAACCCGCAUCCUGCAGGAGAAGGUGCAGGCUGACGUCCCCCCCGAGAUCCUCAACAACCUGGGGGCUCUGCACUUCAGACUGGGCAACUUGGGGGAAGCAAAGAAAUAUUUUCUUGCAUCUCUGGAGCGAGCCAAAGCUGAGGGAGAGCACGACGAGCAUUAUUACAAUGCCAUUUCCGUCACCACCUCCUACAAUCUGGCCCGAUUGUACGAGGCUAUGUGUGAAUUCCACGAAGCCGAGAAGCUCUACAAAAAUAUCCUCAGAGAACAUCCCAAUUAUGUCGACUGUUAUUUGCGACUUGGAGCAAUGGCACGUGACAAAGGAAACUUCUAUGAAGCCUCUGAUUGGUUCAAAGAAGCCCUGCAGAUUAAUCAGGAUCACCCCGACGCCUGGUCCCUGAUUGGAAAUCUCCACUUGGCCAAACAGGAAUGGGGGCCGGGUCAGAAGAAGUUUGAGCGUAUUCUGAAGCAGCCGUCCACGCAGAACGAUACCUACUCCAUGCUGGCUCUGGGUAACGUGUGGCUACAGACUCUGCACCAGCCGACCAGAGACCGGGAAAAGGAAAAAAGGCAUCAGGAUCGAGCUUUGGCGAUAUACAAACAAGUCCUGCGAAAUGACGCCAAGAACCUCUAUGCUGCUAAUGGCAUUGGUGCCGUCCUGGCUCAUAAGGGUUAUUUCCGAGAGGCGCGUGACGUGUUUGCACAGGUGAGGGAAGCCACAGCAGACAUCAGUGACGUGUGGCUCAAUCUGGCUCACAUCUACGUCGAACAGAAGCAGUACAUCAGCGCUGUGCAGAUGUAUGAGAACUGCCUGAAGAAAUUUUACAAAUACCAGAACACAGAGGUGCUGCUGUACCUUGCAAGAGCCCUCUUCAAAUGUGGGAAACUCCAGGAGUGCAAGCAGAUGCUGCUCAAGGCCCGUCACGUGGCUCCCAGUGACACGGUGCUGAUGUUCAACGUGGCCCUGGUGCUUCAGAGACUGGCCACUCUGGUGCUGAAGGAUGAGAAGAGCAACUUGAAGGCUGUACUCAGCGCGGUCAAAGAGCUUGAACUGGCACACAGGUACUUCAGCUACCUCAGUAAAGCUGGAGACAAGAUGAGGUUCGACCUCGCUCUUGCUGCAUCCGAGGCCAGGCAGUGCUCGGACCUGCUGAGUCAGGCUCAGUACCACGUGGCCAGAGCCAGAAAGCAGGACGAGGAGGAGAAGGAGCUUCGCGCCAAACAAGAACAGGAGAGGGACUUGCUGCGCCAGCAAGUGUUGAAAGAACAGGAGCAAAAACGAAGCAGAGAAGCAGAGGAGCAAAAGAAGCUCCUGGAGCAGAGAGCUUUGUUCGUGGAGAAGACCAAGAACCUCCUGUCCUUUGCAGAAGGCCCGAAGGAAACGAACAAGGAAAAGAAGAAGGGAGGAGGUGGUGGAGGACGUCGCAAGAAAGGAGCAGACAUGGAUGAUUUCGUUAAUGACGACUCUGAUGAGGACCUACCACUGAAAAAGAAGAAGAAGAGAAGGGGCAGUGGCAGUGAACAGGAGGAGAACGAGGAUGGAGAGAAGAAGAAAAAGAAGAAGAGGAGACCUACUAAGGACGAGAGUGAUGAGGAAGGAGGAUCUCGGCCCAAGAAGCAGCGCAAAUCCGAAGGACGCAGGAAGUUUGAGAAGCCACAGCCUGAGCGUUUACCGCCAUCUCUUAAAGGAAAGAUUAAGUCGAAGGCUAUCAUCUCCUCUUCUGAGUCCUCUUCAGAUGAGGAAGGAUUGAAAAUAGCUGAAGACAGACAUCAAGGCAGUGGCUCAGAGUCUGAUGCGGGCGGCCACAGAAAGCGCAUCGCCUCUGACAGCGACUCAGACGGUGGAAGGAACCGCUCUGGCAGCGAGGCGGGCAGCCCGCAACGCUCCGCUGGAAGCCCUCAACGCUCCGCUGGCUCGGACGAUGAGUCCGGCAGUGACCGGCCAGUAAAGAAGAGGAGGGUGCAGCGUCAGUCUGAUUCAGAACAGUCAGACAAUGAGAGCAAGAGGAGCCGGUCGGGAUCAGAUGAGUCCAGAGCCGGUUCACCUGCCGCAGCGUCGGACAGAGGAUCGGAGGCUGGAUCAGACAACGAGGGCUCCCCGAGGCGCUCUGACAACGGGUCGGAGCAGGAGGCGUCCAACAAUGAUGACAGUGAUUAAAUCUUGAGGUCACCGACUUCACAUUACACAGAAAUAUGUUGAUCUGGGUUUUUAUUUACUGUCAAAAGCAGGUAUUUGUCUUUCCUUAAAGAUGUUUUUUUUUUGGUGGGUUUGUUAUUCAUGUACUAAUAGUAUCCUUUUUAAGUUUUGAUAAAAAUGGAUUGAUAUUGUACCAACACUUGUAAAAACAGUCAAGGAAAAUUGACCCAAACAUUCAAUGAAAUUAAAACUAUUGUACAAGAGUGAUAUUUUACUCCUUUGCUGACUCAAGUUUAUGCUACAAAUAAAACUCAGGUGAGAA